AUGUCAAGUACACCAUCUACACCAUCAACACCAUCGACACCAUCGACAACAACAACAUCAACAACAACAACACCUUAUGUACCACAACAACAACCACAACAACAGUUGAAUAAUAGAGAUAGGAGAUUGAGUGUUGUGGAGAGGGAUGCUUUGAAGAAGGUUAGUGAGGUGAUUCAACCUCAACAUGAACCAGUGGCAAACUAUGUGGUCAGUGGCGCAAAGUUUGGAGUGGUCAGUGGACUGGCGGUCGGCAUAGUCGUGCCCCUAUUCCUCAAGCACACCGACCGCGUCUCGACACUGCUCAAGUCCGUCUUCAACAUGACAUUCGUCAGCACAACAUACAUGGCAUCGUCCUAUUACCUCGAGCACAAGCAUGUCCUGGCGCCGGGCGUAGCCAACGCCGCUGCCAGUGGCGCCCUCAGUCUCGGCCUGACUACCGGCCUGCUCGGCGGUCUGCGCCAGGCACCUGUCGGCGCGGUGGCGGGCAGUGUGAUCGCUGGAGUCGGUCACUGGACCUAUUAUAACGUCAUCAACUCGAAAUCAAAGGAUGCCGCUGCCUCUGGAACAAUCAAACUGACGCCACAACAACAGAUUGAUCGGGCCAAUGAGCUGAUCAACAGACACAAACUCCAACUGCCACCAUCAGACAUGCAACUCUACCAACAACUUCUCGAUGAUAUUGCACAUCCCAAACAAGACCUGUCAAGCUACAUUCAACAACUCUUCAGUGGCAACUCAUCAUCGCCAUCAUCAUCAACAGGAAGCAAAGAGCACAAAGAAUGA